AUGGCCUUCAUCCUCGACCCCCGCACGCCCAAAGGCGGCGGCAGCAGCGGAGGCCGAGGCAGCUCCGGCGGCAAGUCCUCCUCGUCGAAGGGCUCAAAGGGCUCAAAAGGCAGCAAGAACAAGUACAAGGGCACGGGAGGCUACGUCGGCGGAGGCGGGGGAGGAGGAGGAGGGAACAACGGGUUUUCACACCUGCCCGUCUGGGCGCGCGUCCUCAUCAUCCUCGCCAUCAUCUGGUUCAUCAUCUUCCUGAUCGCGCUGGGGUACUACGUGACAAAAGAACUCAAGCGCAAGAAGGACGGUAAAUCCUUCCGCCUAGGCCACGUCGUGGGCCACGCCCUUCUCGUAUCCACAGGCCUCUGGCUGCCCGUUUGGAUCUACAAGAAGUUCGUCGGGGGCAAGAAGAGCGAGAGCGGUUCCUACGCCAAGAUCGAGGAGGGCCACGGAAAAGAGGGCGGCGGCGGGAAUAACCACGACUCGUGGUACGGCGGCGCAGGCGGCGAAAACAAAUACGACGCCGGCAGCCACCCGCCCGCGCACCGUCCGCAAAGCCCGAACCCGGCCCCGCCCCCGACACAGACCGGCGCGGCGGCGGAUUACUACAACAACAUGCCUGCGCCGCCUUCGCAUACGGCUCCCACCCAGCACCCGCCCCAGUACGGUUAA